CAAAUGGAGAUUGAUAACAGAUUUUAUUUUUUCUGCAGUGACAACGCCUGCUCAGCUGCCUUCAGCUGGGACUUUCUAUCAAAUAGAAAUGACCAUUUGGAUGACCAGAGUGGAUGGUCAAGGGAAUAUUGAUUUAGAUGUAGUUGCAAGCCUUGUUAUUAAAUGGCUCUGUCAGAUUCUUCCCUAUGAGAUGUUUUUGCUGAACAUCAGUGUCUCUUUUCAACUUCCGAGCAGGAGGGCUGAUUCUGUUGGGGAAGGCACUGAAAUAGAUUGGAGGGAAGUUCAUGGCAGGUCAUCCCCAAUACAAUUCAGUUUGGGCUGUGGAGCUGAGCUGAUAGUGGACACUGAAGCUAAUGAAACUCAAACCCAGGAACAGAUCCUACAGCUUCUGGAGAGCCACAACUACACCGAAGGGAUCUACACUGUGGCAGCCAAGCCAGGCAGCAUCAGGAUCCAGCCUAUCGCCAAGAGGCAUAGAGGUGCCUCCACUACCGGGCAGGUAACUCCGGUAACAAUCUUCACCCUGCCUUUCACCACGGCCACCACAGGGCAGACUAUUGCAGUCCCAGGCCUCCCUUGCCCUGUAACCACGGUAACUACAACCCGUGUGUCGACUGUUACGGAAACCACCACUCCAGGGAGGACGAGCUCUGCUACAGCUACCUCAAUGGCCUCAGUGUUUACAGCAACAAAGCUGACCUCAGCAAAGACCCCAACGAUGACUUCAACCACAACCUCAGCCACGACCUCAACCACGACCUCAGCCAGGACCUCAACCAUGACCUCAGCCACGACUUCAGCCACGACCUCAACCACGACCUCAACCACGGACACAACAGCAACCACAAAAGCUGUGACCACGACUGCUCAGAAUACAAACAGUGCCACCACAGUUAAUUUCUAUAGAAUUGGAAUGAAUGUCCUGGUCAGCAAUGCAGUGACAGACCUUGCAUUUGUAACAGAGAAAAUUAUCAUCUGGCUCAACUGGAUUUUUCCUGAGGAUAAGAUGACUGUGUCUCAUCUGAUUGUAUCCAACAAUUCAGUAAGUCGAAUGCCGUCUCCGUAUGGGACUGAUCCUGCCGGGAGGAGUCUCAGGGACCACAGAAGGAGAAGACAGACUCUGUCGACCACAGCCAGUUAUGGCUGUAAGAUUCUCCUGCAGGUGACUUCAGAGGCCAACGAAGCCGAGACAAAGGAACUGAUCAAGCAGGUGCUGAUACAGAACAGCAACUACACAGAUGGGUCGAUUUCCAUGAGGGCUGAUCCCACGAGUAUCCACAUCCAGCUCAUUGACCCAGGUGCCUGCCCUGCUGAGGUGACCCACUCAUUCUCCAAGGGGAACUACACCUGGCCCGAGAUCAAAGCGGGGCACACUGCCUCGCUGUGCUGCACGGGGAACCCCAAUCACUUUGCCAUGAGAAAAUGUGAUGUGAACGGGGAGACUGACCGAGCCACGUGGGCCAAUCCGAUGCUGGAAUCCUGCCCCACAUUGUCCAGCCUCCCAGACAAUAUCGUAGAUCUGGCGAAAGUCGAUGUCACCACCGACAACGCCCUGGUGGUCGCUGAGCUGAUUAAUAACCUGACGAGCGACUCCCCUAAGAUGAACCUUCAGGAAGUGGAGAUCGUGGUCAGCAAGGUGGUGGAGGUCAUGAAGAUCGGGGAGGUCACUCCUUCCCUCGGACUGACCAUCGUCGACAUCGUCACAAACAUCAUGGAGACGGAGAGCAACCUGCAGCCUGUUGCCAACCAAAUCCUGGAGAUCACAGAGAGCAUUGGAAACACGAUGAGCUUCGACGGAGAGUCGGUCAGCAUCACGUCCCCCAUGCUGGCCCUGACGGUCUUAAACAUCAACUCCUCCCAAUUCGAUGGACUUGCCUUCGGAGUGACGUCCUUCAUCCAAGGCCACGACCUCCAGACUUUCAUCAAUCAGGACCCGUUUGAUGACACCGUGGCGUACAUUUCCCUGCCUCGCUCUCUGGAAAAACACCUUUUUCAACAGCGCAACAGAACCAUGGCUCGGGUCCAGUUCACUUUCUACGGGAAAACUGUACUCUUCCAGGACUCAGUACUGAGAGACAGAAUCCUGAACACGUACGUUGUUUCUGCCAGCGUGACCAACGUCACCAUUCGUGAUCUGACAGACCCAGUAACCAUAACUCUCCAGCACUUAAAGCCUAAUCAGUACAAUGAAUCCGUGGAGUGUGUGUUUUGGGACUUGAAUGGGAACAAUGGGCUGGGAGGGUGGAGCUCCGAGGGCUGUCGAAUGAACAGCACCAGUCUGAACCACACCACCUGUCUGUGUGACCAUCUCACCCACUUCGGAGUGCUGAUGGACCCGUCCAGGACCCCAGUCAGUGCCCUGGAUGAUCGUAUCAUGACCAUGAUCACGUACAUUGGCUGUGGUCUGUCCUCCAUCUUCCUGACCGUCACCUUGCUGUCCUACAUAGCCUUCGAUAAGCUGCGUCGGGACUACCCCUCGAAGAUCCUGAUGAACCUGUCCGCCGCCCUGCUACUGCUGAACCUGCUGUUCCUGAUCAACACCUGGCUGGCCUCCUUCGGUAACCACGGCCUGUGCAUCUGCCUGGCUGUCACCCUGCACUACUCCCUGCUGGCCUCCUUCACCUGGAUGCUGCUGGCAGCUGUGCACAUGUACUUCGCACUUGUCAAGGUCUUCAACAUCUACGUGCACUCCUACAUCCUCAAGCUCUGCUCCAUUGGCUGGGGGGUUCCACUGGUAGUUGUCAGCAUUGUACUGGCGAUCAACAAAAACUUUUAUGGAAGUGGAGUGUCUGCUGAAUCUGUCAGCCCAGCCAAGACUCCAGAGGAUGUGUUCUGCUGGGUCCAGGACAACGUGGCCUUCUACGUGUCGGUGGUGGCCUACUUCCUGCUGAUCCUGGUGUGCAACCUGGCUGUGUUCAUUGUGGUGCUGGUCCAGAUCCACAGCGUGAAGGCCAGGAAUCCGGCGGGCAGCCAGAGCAGGCAUCUGUCCAACCUGAAGAGCGUGGUCAGCCUGACCUUCCUGCUGGGGCUCACCUGGAGCUUUGGCUGCUUUGCCUGGGGCCCUGCCAAGGUGCCAUUCCUCUACCUUUUCUCCAUCUGCAACUCCCUGCAAGGGUUCUUCAUCUUCGUGUUUCACUGCCUGCUGAAAGAGAACGUCCGUAAGCAGUGGAGGAUCCACCUGUGCUGUGGCAGAUUCAGGCUUAACGAAUACUCAGACUGGAGCAGGUCUGGUACAAACGGCCGGUCCAGAGCGAAUCAAGCGGCGCGCAGCCCCUCAGUGAAAUCGGUCAAGUCUCACAAGUCCAACUCCACCAGCAGCACCUCCAAUGGGUCUGACUCCGGGAGGAAGCUCAUCUCUACCGUGGGAUCCCACCUGGAUCUGGUCUAUGAAAACCCUUUGGCAGCCUCUUCCACGAGCAGCAGCCCCUCAUUCCCCAGCGUGUUCAGAGUUCAGACGAAUGGGUUGGAAGUGCACUACCAGCAGCCCUCCUGGAAGAAGUGACCCCUCUCUCACCCUCUCCCUGUCAGGAACACUGGACCCAGGACCGCAGCGCCAGCCUUAAACUGUCCUUCAGUCUUAACAUUUCCACCACUGUACCACAAGAGGGUGCUGUCUGGACGUACAGCAGUGAGAAGAACCAUAGUUAGAAUAUAUAUAAUUACUGUAUGUAUUGGUAGAUAUACACCAUUCAGUCUCUUGGGGGUACACUCGCCCUGUUUAAGUGAAUGGCUCAUAUUCAGGUUGCCUAAUCUUCACAAAGCCAGCCUUGCAGAACCUGCCCUUUGUGGGUGCCAGUUUUAUUUUUUUAUUGGCACUAAUUAUUAUUAUUCCUGUUAUUGUUUAGUUAAAUUGUUUUUUAUCAUUUGCUCUUAAUUUCUGUUACCGUUUUAAAAGAAAACGAUUGUUGAUUGUGUACAUAUGCACAAUCAACUAUGUAAUGUUCUAAUGUCAUUCUUGAAAUCAUGAAAGAUUGUACACAUAAAUCCACAUAUAAACCCAGGCAGAGUAAUAGACACAUCCUUGUCAUAUUUGUAUACAUUGUAUUUUGCUGUAAUAGAAACAUUAUUAUAUAUUUUAUUGCUACAUUAGAUGCACACACUGUGUAUGAUAAUCACAGGGUAAAGUGCAGUGCAUGCUUGUUUUGUGAAGCUGCUGUAUCAGAUAAACUUAUACUGCAAUUACAGCAUUUGCACACCUGUUGGCACUGUGUGUUCGUUGAAAAAAAACCAUAAACCACUUAAUAAAAAGAGGUAUAGCAAUACUAAAA